AAUAAUUCAAAUAUUAAUUAACUUUGGUCUUAUAUGUGUCGCGACUUUCUACUAGCGACGACCAAGAAGACCUAUAAGUAGAUAUAUCCUUUCAUUGUUACACUUAUUUAGUUAAAAAAGUCCACAAAUUUUGAAUUCAAUAAUGGGGGUUGUCUUCUCGGCUUUCGUUCUGUUCUUCACCAUCAUCACAAGUUUCUUCUCCACUCUAACAACAUCCGCUUCACCAGCUCUCCAUCCAGAUGAAUUGAAAGCGCUUGGGGAGAUAGCUACUACACUUGGAAUCAAGAGACUCAACCUAAGUGAUGGAGAUCCUUGCCUUUUGAAAACUCUUAAACUCGAUGUUGUUUCGAGUCCGAAUUCGGAUAUGGAAAACAUCAUUCUUUGUGAUUGUAGUUUCAACAACAACAUGACAUGUCAUAUUAUAGAACUAAAACUCAAGUCCAUAAGUCUUUCAGGGAAACUCCCGCCUGAGUUGGCCAAACUUAAGUAUCUCCAGAAUAUAGUCUUUUGCCGAAACUACCUUUCUGGCUCAAUCCCAAUGGAGUGGGCUUCAUUGCCGAACCUCACUUCCAUCUCGCUCUGCGCGAAUCGUUUGUCUGGGCCAUUGCCACCGGGUUUACAAAACUUCAAGAGUCUGACAUUCCUAGGGGUUGAAGCCAACCAGUUCUCUGGUCCGAUUCCUGAUGAGCUUGGUAACUUGACCAACUUAAAAAGAUUGGACCUUGUGUCCAAUCAAUUUACAGGAAGCCUUCCUAGCUCUCUUGCUAGACUGGUAAACCUUGAGACAUUUAGGAUAAGUGACAAUAACUUCACUGGCAUCAUCCCAGAAUAUAUUAGCAACUGGUCUCAGCUUCAAAGACUAGAUCUACAAGCAAGUGGACUGAAAGGACCUUUUCCUGACGCAGUGGCCCGCCUAGAAAAUCUAACUUAUCUGUUUAUUAGUGAUAUGACCGGGAUAAACUCUUUUCCUAAUAUAUCUAGCCAAGUCAUCAAAGACCUGGUUUUGAGGAAUGUGAGUAUGUCUGGUAAAAUUCCUUCUUACAUUUGGAGUAAACCAAACUUGAGAUCUCUUGAUUUAUCGUUUAACAAGUUGACCGGUGAAGUUCUUGGAAUAAACCCAGUACCAAAAUUUACUUACUUGACUGGCAAUAUGCUUUCCGGGGAAAUUAAAUCUGGUGUUUACCUCAACAGCAGAUCAAAUAUUGACCUCUCUUAUAACAAUUUCUCAUUGCCGUCUAGCUGCCAAGAAAGGAGUAACAUUAAUACAUACCGGAGCUCAUCCUUAAAGAACACUUUAACUGGUCUUCUUCCAUGCGCUGGUCCAAUCACUUGCAAGCACUAUAGGCGAUCACUACAUAUAAACUGUGGUGGGGAAACUGUGACUGUUACAAACUCUAUUGGUAAAAUCACUUAUCAAGCUGAUAACAUUGAUCAGGUCAAAGCCGCUACAAAUCAGCACUUCAAAAACUGGGGAAUUAGUAACACUGGUGACUUUAUGGAUGAUAAUAUUGAUGAUGAUACGUACAUCGUUUCAACUAGUUUGACACUACCUGGAGAUUCUCCUGAUCUUUAUAAGACUGCACGUCGAUCUGCUCUCUCUCUAGUUUAUUAUGCGUUUUGCUUGGAAAAUGGAGAAUAUAAUUUGAAACUCCAUUUUAUGGAGAUUCAGUUUUCAGAUCAAGAACUAUAUAGUCGUCUAGGUAGACGCAUAUUUGAUGUCUAUGUUCAGGGGAAAUUGUUCUUGAGGGAUUUUAACAUCAGACAGGAGGCUAAUGGCACUCUGAAGUCUAUUGUGAAAGAACUGAAAGCUGUUAAUGUGACUGAUCAUAAGUUAGAGAUUUGGUUGUAUUGGGCGGGUAAAGGGACAACGCUCAUACCCAAAAGAGGAAACUAUGGUCCUCUUAUCUCUGCAAUCUCCUUGUGCCACAGCCUGGAGCAACAUUGUGGAGUGGAGAAAACCAAACGUCACAUCAAUUAUCCACUAAUUUUUGGGGUAACAGGUCCCUUGGUAGCAAUUAUUUUCUUGGCUUUGGGAUUCUAUGCUCACAGAAAAUGCAGACAGGACAAGAAAAAGAGAGAAAGAGAGGAAGGCUGCCUUUCUCACCAAACACUCUCUUCAACUCUAAAUCAGAGAAAGUUAGAUGCUUCAAGCCUUGGUCUUAUGAAUAACCCAAGGAUUUGUAUAUUGUCAGGUGGCAAAACAAAAGCAAUGGCUAUGGUGGUGUCAGGUGGAAAGAUGCCACUUCACGCCAAUGCUCUUCCUCUAAGUAUCAUCAACACCAAAACAAGAGUCCGAAGUGUAUCCACAGUUCCCUUGUUCUCACCUGCUUCUCACAGCCCUUCCAGCUCCCUCUCCAUCCGCUUCAAGCUCUCGCCGCGAGUGUCCCGGUCUCUCUCUGUGGUAUCUUCUGUUCUGUCAGAGGACAGAGCUACCGGAGUUAGUGGCUCAGGGGGGACAGAUGCAUUCAAGCUGACAUACUUGGAGGGAAAUAGCUGGCUAUGGGAAACGAGUGGACUGAGAAUCUUGGUUGAUCCUAUUCUCGUGGGUAAUUUGGACUUUGGCAUCCCAUGGCUCUAUGAUGCUGCCAAGAGAUUUUUGAACGGCUUCAAGCUUGAUGAUCUCCCUGAAGUUGAUUGCCUGCUCAUAACUCAAAGCCUUGAUGACCAUUGCCAUCUAAACACCCUCAGGCCACUUUCCAAGAAAUCUCCAGACUUAAAAGUGAUUGCAACUCCAAAUGCUAAGCCUUUGCUGGAUCCUCUUUUCAGAAAUAUCACUUAUCUGGAACCUGGAGAGAGCUACGAGCUAAAUGCAAGAAACGGCUCUAAGGUUCGAGUCAAAGCCACUGCAGGACCUGUCCUCGGUCCACCAUGGCAACGCCCUGAAAACGGAUAUCUUCUUGCUUCCCCUGAAGAUCAGAUAUCUCUCUACUACGAACCGCACUGUGUAUGCAACAUGGAACUUCUGAAGAAUGAAAGAGCCGAUAUUGUAAUCACACCGGUCAUCAAACAACUUCUCCCACAGUUUACUCUAGUUUCUGGCCAAGAAGACGCUGUCCAGCUCGCCAAAAUCUUAAAAGCCAAGUUUAUUGUGCCGAUGCAAAACGGAGAUCUUGAUGCAAAGGGGAUUUUAGCAAGUAUUAUUAAGAAAGAAGGAACGAUAGAGUCAUUUAAGGACUUAUUGUCUAGAGAGCUUCCCAAAGCUCAAGUGUUGGAGCCCAUAGCAGGCGUGCCGCUAGAGAUCUUGCCUCCAACGUCAGACGUUUAGAAUGUAACGGUUACAUGAACAUGAGGAUACACAUGUAAAUAUAUUAGGCAUUUUGUUGUUUUAUUUUUAUGUAAUGAACGAUGAUUAUUAUUACUAUGUGGUGAUUAUUUAUGAUCUUCGUGUUA